AUGGCUAGCGAGGACAUCUCGUCGCUGAAGGACUACGACUCCUUGGCCCACAAGUUGAAGCGCUACUCGACCGCAUUGGUUGAUGAGGAUACAUCGUUCUUGCGGGGCUAUAACUCCCUGCCGGAUGAGUUGAAGCUCAAAAUCUUUGGCUACGCCCUUUGUAAGGAUGCGUCAAUCGACCAGAGGACUGCCCAAGGUCUCCUCGACGGCUCCGAUCGUCGCGAGUCGUCAACAUAUUACUUUAUGUUGACGGGUCUCACAAUUGACGAUCGCGACCAGUCGCUCUUUAGCACUCAGCCCUCUUCUCGCGAAAGUUCAAGGAUGCUGGAAGCCUUCUUCGCAAGCAACACCUUCCUUGUCGAUAUUUGCAGCAGCGACCAAUCUGGGGCCAUGAUCCCGCCUGCGCUCUACCGCCGCUUCGUCCGCAGCCUCCACCUCUACAUCCUCCCCUUGAACGUUGCGUUGGAGAUGCUAUCAACCUUCCGCAUCAACACUGUGUUCGUGGAUGUUCGCAACCUCGCCUUCAGCGUCAACUUCCGGUAG